AUGCGACGGGAACGCAAAAUGGUUCGGAUGCGACCGUAUGGAAUGUGCCCCCACUUCCAAUCAACGCCACCAACGGAUCACAGACCGCCUCACCAAGGAUUAGGCGAUGGCCGUCCUAGGACCGACCCUAAGUUGUUAUUACUCGUUGAGACUGCAUACCCGAGACUCGGCAGGGAACUGGCCGAGACCCUCGUCCAUAAUAGACUGAGAUAUAAAAUGGAAGUGGCCGGCAAAUCGUUACCGGCGCUGACGAAUUUGGACAAAGGCCGAUAUUCCGUCAUCGUAUUCGAGAAUUACCACCGGUAUCUGAACAUGGACAAAUGGAACAGAGAGCUGUUGGACAAGUACUGUAGGGAAUACGGGGUCGGCAUAUUGGGAUUUUUCCCACCAGCCAACCGCCACAUGACCGGCGUUAAGGUCAAAGGAUUUCCGUUGUACUUGCACACGAAAUUGUCUCUCAGGGACGCUAUGCUGAACUCUGCGUCCCCGGUGUUGAGGGUUGCCCGAGCGGGUGGCGUGUACCAAGGGCCGCUUCCGGGCGACGAUUGGUCUGUGUUCACUGCCAAUCACACGACGUACGAACCCGUGGCUUGGGGCAGCAACAGCAGCGGUGGACGGACUGAAUAUGUCCCGCUUGCCACGGUCAUGCAGGACCAUGGCAUGUACGAUGGGAUAUCGAGGGUGUUGUUUGGCAAUGGGCUCAACUUCUGGCUGCACCGGCUGUUAUUCCUCGACUCGCUGUCGUACCUCAGUAAGGGGCUGCUGAGCAUAUCUCUCGAGCGACAGGUCCUCGUGGAUAUCGACGAUAUAUUCGUCGGCGAGAGCGGCAUCCGGAUGUGGAAGGAAGACGUGCACGACUUGAUUAAGACUCAAGAUCGGAUCCGCCAGCUGGUGCCAGGAUUUAAAUUCAACUUGGGUUUUUCGGGAAAAUACUUCCAUCGGGGCACGUGGGAGGAAAACGAGGGAGACGAUACAAUAUUAGAAAAUGUAGAUAAGUUCAACUGGUUCUGUCACAUGUGGAAUCACAUGCAACCACAUCUGUACAAUAAUGAAACGCAUCUAGAGUACGAGAUGUCGCUGAACAAAGCGUUUGCCGAGGCGCACGGAAUACCGACCAACUCCAGCUACUCAGUAGCACCCCACCAUUCCGGUGUGUAUCCGGUACACGAACUGCUAUAUACCGUUUGGAAAAAGGUCUGGAACAUCCGAGUAACUUCGACUGAAGAAUAUCCGCACCUGAGACCCGCCAGGCUGAGGAGAGGAUUUGUCCAUAGAGGCAUCAAGGUGUUGCCAAGGCAGACAUGUGGCUUGUUCACACACACCAUCUAUGUUGACCGGUACCCAGGAGGCCUAAAAAAAUUGGACGAAUCCAUAAUGGGCGGAGAACUUUUUCAAACCAUAGUAUACAACCCUAUCAAUGUAUUCAUGAGCCACAUGUCCAAUUACGGCAGUGACCGGCUAGCAUUAUACACCUUCGAGUCGGUAUUCCAGUUCAUCAGGUGCUGGACAAAUUUAAAAUUGGUAUCAUCAGGACCUUUGGAACUGGCAGACAAAUAUUUUAAGAUGUAUCCAGAAGAAAUUGAUCCAGUUUGGGGUAAUCCUUGCCUGGACCAACGCCAUCUUAAGAUCUGGUCUUACAAAAAAUCUUGCCAGCAUCUUCCCAAGUUUCUAGUAAUUGGACCUCAGAAGACUGGCACUACGGCAUUGUACACAUUCUUGUCAAUGCACCCAAACAUAUCAGCAAACAUUCCGAGCAAAGAAACAUUUGAAGAAAUCCAAUUCUUCAAUGGCCGCAACUAUUACAAGGGAUUAGAUUGGUACAUGCAAUUUUUCCCUUCAAACGACUCUGUGGACAACAAAAUUGUAUUUGAAAAGUCUGCCACCUAUUUUGAUUCAGACAUUGUACCUAAACGAGUACAGGCACUACUGCCCAACGUAAAACUUGUGACCAUAUUAAUCUCGCCGGCCAAAAGAGCAUAUAGCUGGUAUCAACACGCCAAAGCCCACGGUGAUCCAAACACUCUCAAGUAUUCGUUUCAUCAAGUCAUAACAGCCAACGAAUCAGUCGUGCCAAAAUCGCUGAGGGACUUUCGUAAUAGAUGUUUAAACCCGGGAAAAUAUGCACUACACAUUGAACGGUGGCUGGACUAUUUUCACCACAAUAAUCUGCACAUAAUUGAUGGCGAUCAGCUCAAAUCCAAUCCUGUGGACGUGUUGGACCAGUUUCAAAAGUUCUUGAAAAUUACACCGCCGUUUGAUUAUUCUUCUCACAUCAGAUAUGAUGCCAAGAAAGGAUUCUUCUGUAAGGUUUUGGAGGGUGGCGGUAAUAAGUGCCUGGGCAAGGGCAAAGGGCGGCAGUACGCCACUAUGGACACAGAGUCGUACAAAUAUCUCAGAGAGUAUUAUAUGCCAUACAACACAGCUUUGGUGAAACUAUUGCGCAAGCUGGAGCACACUACCAUCCCACAGUGGCUUAAAGACGACCUGAGCUAUUCAUCCACCUGA